UGUUGGCCCGCUCAUCGCACACCUGCAAGCGAGGCGAAUGACGCUAACGGUGCCUGCCCGCUGUCCAGGGAAGCAAUCGUGUCUCCGCCUCAACGUCAUCCAAACAUCUUUGCCCAACUCCCGCCAGAAUUUGAACGACCUUGCUAGCCGCCGUUGCUCUUCAGGAUUCUAUUAUCGCCAUACGGUCGUGCAGAUCCACCACCCACCCACGUCAUCGCAACUUCUAGCUAGGCCCCGCGCACAAGCUAGCUUCCCGCGUUCUAGCUCGGCAGCCUGCAAACACACGACCGCAUCCGAGUCCUGAACAUCUGUCGUCUAUCUGUCCAUUCGCAAACAACAGCCUACUGGCGAUAUAGCUAGUCUAUCUUCCACCUUCUUCAUACGCUAUAGCCGUGCUACGCAGCACACGACUCUUUCACAAUGACUGGCGAAGCAUGGUUGUACCUGUUGGCGGUGCUGAUAAACGCCGUCAACCUGUUCCUACAAGUCUUCUUUACUAUCAUGUACAGCGAUCUGGAAUGCGACUACAUCAACCCCAUCGAUCUCUGUAACCGCCUGAACACCUACAUCAUCCCCGAAGCCGCUGUCCACGCCUUCCUGACCUUCCUGUUCCUCAUCAACGGAUACUGGAUUGCGCUGAUUCUGAACCUGCCUCUAUUGGCCUGGAAUGGAAAGAAGAUCUUUGAGAACCAGCAUCUUUUGGACGCGACGGAGAUCUUCAGGAAGCUCAACGUGCACAAGAAGGAAUCCUUCAUCAAGCUGGGUUUCCACCUGCUCAUGUUCUUCUUCUACCUCUACAGCAUGAUUGUCGCCCUCAUCCGUGACGAGUCUCACUAG